AUGUCCUCCACGUCUCUGGAGGUCCAUCCGCAACUCUUUUUUUGCCGAAUUCUCUAUGGCACGGCGCUGACCGCAGGGAUGGCGUCCAUUUUCCUGCUGCUGGAUUGGCUGAGCUUGGACGGGCCGCUGUUUGAUGGGGUUUAUUUCCCCGAGAGGCGGAUGAAACUCCAUGUUAUGGCCAUGUGCAGCUUCUUGGUGGUGAAUAAUGGACUGGCGAUUUGUAUGUAUCGAGCGUACCGGUGAGUGAAAAAGACUUUUUGUCAUAAAAAUGGGUGGGAAAAAAGUGAUUUUUUGGUCUAAUUUUUUAUUUGAAAAAGAAAAUUUUUUUUUGAUUUUUUUUUUAUUUUUUGAUGAAACUUGGCAGAAAUGUAGAUUAAACCUUAUUACCAAUUUUUUAGCCUUUAUUUUGCAAGAUCCAUCGAGAUUUUUCAGUCGAAAAAUCCCAAAAAUUCGAUUUUUUGGUAUUUUUCGAUCAAAAAAUCUCGGUUAUUUUUGCAAAGCGCAAGUUAAAAAUGCAUCUUAUGUCUUAAAAAAUUCUAAUUUAAAUUUGCGCCAAGUUUCAUCAAGUUUGGAGUUCUAAUUUUUCGACCAAAAUUUUGAGAUUUUCCCGAUUUUCGACCAAAAAAUCUUGGUUAUUUUUGCGGCAACCGGGCUGAAAAUUUUAGGCAUGUCUUAAAAAAUAGUCCUCUUUAGCUUUGCCAAGUUUUAUCAAAAUUGGAGAAAUUUUUUUUUUCAAAAAAAAAUUUUUUUUUUAUUUUUUUUCAAAAAUUUUUUCCCAUUUUCAGAGGCACAAAAAAGCUGUACACGAAAGGAAUCCACUCGUUGAUGCACUUUAUCAACGUGAUUUUCAUCAUUUUCGGGCUGAAAGCCGCCUUCGACGCCCAUAAUUACCACAAAACGGCGGAUGGAGCCCCCGCGCCGCGGCCGAAUCUCCAUUCCAGCCACUCUUGGAUCGGACUGGCCACCUGCAUCUUGUACACAAUACAAUAUCUGAGCGGGUUGGUGAUUUACGGCCUCCAUUUCACUUCUCCGGCCGACCGAAAACGCAACAUGCCGAUGCACCGUGCGUUCGGAUUGGUACUUUUUGGGAUGGCGUUUGCAGUGACGAUGAUGGGAAUUACUCAGUACUCGAUUUGGCAUAGUAAGGAGUUCAAAAAAAUUAUUUUUGGGAUUUUUUGGAAUUUUGAGAUUUUUUUUUGAAAUUUCCAAAUUUUUCAGGGGAAAAAUAAAAAAAAUUUUUCAAAAAAAUCUUUAUGCUCUAAAUAUCAAUUACCUAAAUUUUCACUUCGAAAUUUACAGUAGUAUCCGAGAUAUUUAAUAAUUUUUCCAAACGAGAGACUUUGGAAAAUGAAGAGACGGUCAGAGAAAAUUCUCUUUUUGACUAUAUCUCUGCGGAUUUUGCUGGGAAAAAAUUAUUUUUUUUGUAGAAAUAUCUGACUCAGCCUACGAAAUAACUUUUCAAAUUUUGAUGGCAAAAUUUGCAAAAAAAUUUUCGAAAUUUUUUGAUCUUUCGACUUAAAAAUCUCAGUCAUUUCUGCACUAUGCGAGCUAAAAUUUUCAGCUUUGUCUUGGCAAACUAUAAUCUUUAUUUUUGCCAACUUUCAUCCGAAUCCGAUGACUUUUAUUUUUCGCUAAAAUACGGAAAUUUUUUUCGAUUUUUUAAAAUUUUUAAUCGCAAAAACCAUUUUCAGCCACGUGUCCUGACUGGUACUGCAUGGAUCGGAUCGUGGUGAACGCGCUGAGCUUGUCGCUGACCAUCUUUUUCCUCUGUGUUGUGAUUAUUGUUCAUCGGCCGGAAUGGCGGCGCCUCCCAUUGCCGGAAGAAGUCGAAAAACCCUUGGAGUCUGCUAGCCUCACCUCCGUGGACACAUCCGUUAAGUCCAAAAGAAUUCUGGAUUCGGGGAGUAUAUCACACAGCGAAUUUGAUCGAUAA